AUGACAACAACAGCAGAUCCUAAUACAACAACUGAAGAUUGUUGUAGCACAACAGUUACUUUAACUGAAACUGAUCAAAAUGUUCGUCCACAGUCUCCAACACUUAUACUUGAAUUACAUCGUCCAAUUGGUGCAGGUCCACAUGUUCGUUGGUCAGAAGAGACUGUUGAUAAUGAAAAUAUGAAUAAAAAAAAAUCAAAAUGUUGUUGUAUUUAUACAAAACCACAUGAUCCUCAAUCAAAUGAUGAUAAAAUAAAUGAAGUUGAUGAAUAUGGAAAUUGUCAACAUUGUCGAUAUCAUACAGAAUCGGAUUAUACUGCUGAACCAGAAGACCGUCAACCGAAAGUUAAAUUAGUUAUUGGCCAACCAAAAUAA